AUGUCUUUCUCGCGCCACGUCUUCGGCGCUGUACAGAGGAGAGCCUUCUCCGCCUCCACCCGAUCGAACUCCAAAGUAGCUGUCCUGGGCGCUUCGGGUGGUAUCGGCCAGCCAUUGUCGCUACUGCUCAAGCUCAACCCGAGGGUCAGCGAACUUGCCCUGUACGAUGUGCGCGGCGGUCCAGGUGUCGCCGCCGACAUCAGCCACAUCAACACCAAGUCAACGGUCAAAGGCUAUGACCCGACACCGUCAGGCUUGAAGGAGUGCCUUACUGGCGCCGAGAUCGUCCUGAUCCCCGCCGGUGUGCCUCGCAAGCCUGGCAUGACCCGUGAUGAUCUGUUCAACACCAACGCAUCCAUCGUCCGGGACCUGGCUAAGGCCUGCGCCGAUGCUGCACCGGAAGCCAACAUCCUGAUCAUCUCCAACCCGGUCAACUCCACCGUCCCGAUCACCGCCGAGGUCUUCAAGUCAAAGGGCGUCUACAACCCCAAGCGCCUCUUCGGUGUCACCACCCUCGACGUUGUCCGUGCCUCCCGCUUCAUCUCCCAGCUCAAGGGCACCGACCCAGCCAACGAGAACAUCACCGUCGUCGGUGGCCACUCCGGCGCGACCAUCGUGCCUCUCCUCUCGCAAUCUGGCUACGAGCUCAAGGGCGAUCAGCUAGACGAGUAUAUCCACCGCGUGCAGUUCGGCGGUGACGAAGUUGUCCAGGCCAAGGGCGGCGCUGGUUCGGCCACGCUCUCCAUGGCUAUGGCUGGUGCCCGCUUCGCUGAGAGCUUGCUCAAGGCUGCUCAGGGCGAGAAGGGCGUCAUCGAGCCGACGUUCGUCGACAGCCCGCUGUACAAGGACCAGGGAUGCGACUUCUUCGCUUCGAACGUCGAGCUUGGCCCCAACGGUGUGGAGAAGAUUCACCCGGUCGGCAAGAUCACGCCACACGAGCAGAAGCUCCUCGAUGUUUGCUUGAAGGACUUGGCUGGAAACAUCAAGAAGGGUGUUGCGUUUGCUAAGGAGAACCCGUAG